AAACACUUUAUAGAUCCCUCAAUCCACCACUCUUCCCAAACGAACCCAACCAAAAUAAGAACAAAAGGGUUUUAUAUGGUGGAAGCCGUCGCAGCUAGGUCCAUCCUCCGCUCGGCCUCCACCUCCGUCAAAUCAUCGGUGAGUAGAAUCUCCUCCGGUGCUAAACCUAGUUCUACCGGUGCAACACAUUCUCCCUUCCGCAUCCGCACUCAAAAGCCCCAAUCUCGUCGCAUUUUCAGACAAAAGAAAAUAGAGGAAAGUGAAGGUUCUGGAGAAAAUGAGAAUUUGAUGUUAUGGAAUAAAGAUAAAGAACUAAAGAAUAUGAAUUUUGAGGUUGAUCACAAAGUUGAAAAGUCAAUGGCAGCUGUACAAUAUGAGAAAUUAGAGGCAGUAAACUAUCAUCUUCUUCAUAUAAAUAACCUUUGA